UUAUUUUUUUUCAGUCGGAAUACAACAGUUUUGCGCCAAAUCUCUAACCUCCGCUGGCGCCUUCUUUUCUUCUCUCUCAACCCUAAAAAUGGCGGCUUCGGAAUCGAACCAUAUCGACGAGCAUUCAGCUGCUGCAACAACCAUACAAUUCGACCGUCCGGUCCCAUUACUCCGCGGACCGGUUCGGGCAAGCCCAACCGACGACCCGUCCUGCGGUCCGUACGUCCUGGCGUUUCGAGACCCAAAGGCUUGGGCAAACGCGUACAGAGCCUGCAAGUCCAAGAUGGUGGAGCAGUGCGAGGCCGGCGCAAGGAUCGGUUGCGCCAUCAGCGGAUCCGAAAAGUGUAAGCCCCCGUGGUGGCGAGCUCUGAUUGGUCAGAAAGCGCCGGACUUCAAACAGAGGGAGCAGUGCGAGGAGAGAGAAAUGGAGGGUUGUUUGACGGCAGCAAAAGAGAAAUGCGACGGGUUUGCGAAGGAGAAGUGCCUGAAGCCCUUCAGAGAAGCGAGGAUUGCAGGCGUGAACGUGAAACAGGCUGAGAGAUUGGUGUGCUGGGGGACUGUGGCGGAUCGGAGUACGUGGGUCAAUUUGAUUGGAUUGGACAAAUUGGGGAUUUCGGGUUCUACCACGAAUUAUAGGGCUGGUGAGUUGUUUGGUUCGGAUAGUGAGGUUGAUGGAGUUUUGGGCGGUGAGAAUUUGACACUGAAGGUGUGAGAUUUUGGAAAAUGGAGGUGAAAGUUGGUGCAUUUGUGAUGAAAUUUUGGACGAAAUUGUUGCUGAUGAAGUGGGAUUGUGCAAAAGGUCAUUUUUAAACCGAUGAAACACUCAAUGAGGACAGUUCAACAUACCCCAUUGACAUCACGGAUGUUGCUGUCAUCGUCGGUGUAACCGAGGCACACGAUUCGGCCGCGGCAGGGACGUAAUGUAAAAACAGAGAAGCAUUUAGUGAAUGGAAGUUGCUAGGAAGUUGCAGCGACGGCCUUUUGGGGUAUUUCUGCCUUUAAAGUAAGAUCAACUUGGUUUCGGUCAAUGUCGUGAUUAAUGAGGUAGGCCAUUUAGUCGUGGAAAGCUCUUCCACCUUUGACGAGGGAAACCACCAGGAAAUUGCAUUUGUCAUGUAAUUUGUCCUAGUGGUGAUUCUUGUGAUCUAGUACUGCCUUUUUUUUCUGAAAAGAAAAUGAUUUUUCUGGACCAUCUGUAGAGACUGAAGAUAGGAUUCGAUGUGGAAAUGGCAAGUUGGAGAAAGUGGAAUCCGAUGGAUGAGAGUUUGUUUGAGGAAAUUGUAGCGAUUUCUGUACACUUAUUGUCUUCUUUCGCACACUUA